CGUCCCUCAGCAGCGCCUCGGCGGUGGCCGCGGGUGGAGGCCGCCUCGCAGCGCCCGGGCCCGCCCGCCCCCCGCCCCGCUCCGCUCCGCUCGGCUCCCCCCGCGCCAUGAGCGACCAGGAGAGCCCCGACGAGAUGGCGGCGAUGAAGGCCGAGAAGGGCGAGGGAGAUGCGAGCAGCACGGGCAGCGCCGAGGCGCAGGAAUCUCAGCCCUCCCCACUGGCCUUGUUGGCCGCCACCUGCAGCCGGAUCGAGUCUCCCAAUGAGAAUUCCAACAGCUCCCAGGGCCAGCCGGGCGGGAGCAGCGAGCUGGACCUCAGCGCGGCCGCUGCCCAGCUCGCCCAGUCGGCCAAUGGCUGGCAGAUCAUCUCCACGGGCUCCAGCACCCCCACGGGCUCCAAGGAGCCCGGCGCCAACGGCACCAACGGCGGCGACGCCAAGAGCCGCCCGGUGAGCGCGGGGCAGUACGUGGUGACGGCCGCCUCGGGCCUGCAGAACCAGCAGGUGCUGGCGGGGCUGCCGGGCGUCAUUCCCAACAUCCAGUACCAGGUGAUCCCUCAGUUCCAAACCAUCGACGGGCAGCAGCUCCAGUUCGCCACGGCGGCGGCGCCGGCGCAGGUCAACGUGCAGCAGGACGCGUCCGGGCAGCUCCAGAUCAUCCCCGGCACCAACCAGCAGAUCCUGACGGGCCGCGCGGGGACGAGCAACCUCAUCGCCAUGCCCAACCUGCUGCAGCAGGCCGUGCCCAUCCAGGGCGUGGGGCUGGCCAACAACGCGCUCUCGGGGCAGGCCCAGUACGUGGCCAACGUCCCCGUGGCUCUGAACGGGAACAUCACCCUGCUGCCCGUCAACAGCGUGGCCGCCAGCCUGGCGCCCACCUCGCAGACCGUCACGUUGAGCAGCUCCAGCUCCCCGGAGAGCAGCUCCCAACCGGCCACCUCCGGCUCCGCCAUCAGCUCCGGCGCCACGGCCACGUCGCAGGCCAGCUCCGGAGCCUUCUUCACCAACGCCAACAGCUAUUCCAGCACCACCACCACCGGUAACGGGGGCAUCAUGAGUUUCUCCACCAGCAGCACGGUGGGCAGCAACGUCCAAGCGCAGACGCCCCAGAGGGUCAGCAGCGUCCAGAGCUCGGACUCUCUGCAGAGCCAGGUUUCUGGGGUGCCCUUGCAGUCGGGGCAGCAGAAAGAGGGGGAUCAGGGGCAGCAAUCGCAGCAGAUCCUGAUCCAGCCGCAGCUGGUGCAGGGGGGGCAGACGAUCCAAGCCCUGCAGACCACGCCGCUCUCCGGGCAGACCUUUGCCACUCAAGCCAUCUCACAGGACACCCUGCAGAACCUGCAGCUCCAGGCCGUCCCCAACUCGGGGCCCAUCAUCAUCCGCACCCCGACGGUGGGUCCCAACGGGCAGGUGAGCUGGCAGACCAUCCAGCUCCAGAACCUGCAGGUCCAGAACCCCCAGGCGCAGACAAUCACCCUGGCCCCCAUGCAGGGAGUGUCACUGGGGCAGACGGGCAGCACCAGCACCACGCUCACCCCCAUCGCCUCCCUCCCCAGCGGCACCGUCACCGUCAACGCUGCCCAGCUCUCCUCCGUGCCCGGCCUCCAGACUAUAAACCUCAGUGCCUUGGGAGCGUCCGGCAUCCAGGUCCACCAGCUCCAGGGGCUGCCUCUGGCCAUCGCCAACGCUGCCGGUGACCACGGAGCUCAGCUGGGGCUGCACGGAGCCGGCGGGGACGCGCUGGGGGGCGAGAGCGCGGCCGUGGAGGAAGGGGAGGCCAGCCCGGACCCCCAGCCCCAGCAGGGCCGCAAAGUGCGGCGGGAGGCCUGUACCUGCCCCUACUGCAAGGACAGCGAGGGCAGGAGCUCUGGGGAUCCAGGGAAGAAGAAGCAGCACAUCUGCCACAUCCCGGGCUGCGGGAAGGUCUACGGCAAAACCUCGCACCUGCGGGCUCACCUGCGGUGGCACACGGGGGAGAGACCCUUCGUGUGCAGCUGGCUGCUCUGCGGCAAGCGCUUCACCCGCUCCGACGAGCUCCAGCGGCACAAGCGCACGCACACAGGAGAGAAGAAGUUCGCCUGCCCGGAGUGCCCCAAGCGCUUCAUGCGCAGCGACCACCUCUCCAAGCACAUCAAGACCCACCAGAACAAGAAAGGCGGCGCCGGCAGCGCCGUGGCCAUGAACGUCUCCGCCGUCCCCAUGGACACGGGGGCCGCGGGCGAGGGCAACGGCGCCGCUGCCCCCUCGGCCCUCAUCGCCACCAACAUGGUGGCCAUGGAAGCCAUCUGCCCCGAGGGCAUCGCCCGCCUGGCCAGCAGCGGCAUCAACGUCAUGCAAGUGGCCGACCUCCAGUCCAUCAACAUCAGCGGCAACGGCUUCUGAGGCGCCGGCGCCGGGACCUGCUGCCGGCGCCCGCGGUAUUCCCAUGGGAUCGCGCCGGCGCCGCUGCCGCACCCGAAGGCCAGAGCUCUCUUCUCUUCUAUUUUUUAAUUCAGCUUCACCUUAUCAUUUGUUGGGUUCCCCACCCCCCCCCCCCCAAAUUUCACUCCCUGAUUUUCCCCCCAGCAUUCCCGGGAUGCGCUCCCGUAGCUUUAGCCUUCGAUGCCAUCAUGCCUUGGGAAAAUAUACGAUUCUCACCUUAACUUUUUAGGAAAAAAACAAAGGAAAAAAAAAAAAAAAAAAGGAAA